GAGGAACCUGCACACGUGUACCACCUCCGCUCCUUCCUCUGAGCCGCUGUAGGCCCAGAGGCUGAAGACCCUGCUUGGGGAAAGGUGAGUUAAUUCAGUGGGGGACGGAACAUCUGGAAUCGGGAUCGGCAGCUGAGUUGGAGUUGCCCCGCCUGCUCCCAUGUCAGCUGAUGAACACCUGGACCCGAUUCCUGACAGCUUCAUCCUGCAGCCGCCGGUCUUCCACCCGGUGGUUCCCUAUGUCACAACAAUUUUUGGUGGCCUGUAUGCAGGCAAGAUGGUCAUGCUGCAGGGUGUGGUUCCUCUACGUGCACAAAGGUUUCAGGUAGACUUCCAGUGUGGGUGCUGCCUGCAUCCUCGGCCAGAUAUCGCCUUCCACUUCAACCCUCGCUUCUACACUGUCAAACCCCAUGUCAUCUGCAACACCCUCCAAGGUGGACUCUGGCAAAAAGAGGUCCGGUGGCCCGGUGUCACCCUGCAGAGAGGUGCUAGCUUCCUCAUCCUCUUUCUCUUUGAGAACGAAGAGGUGAAGGUGAGCGUAAAUGGACAACAUUUCCUUCACUACCGCUACCGGCUCCCACUGUCACGUGUGGACACUCUGGGCAUAUUUGGUGACAUUUUGGUGAAGGCUGUUGGAUUCCUGAACACCAAUCCAUUUGCGGAAGGUAGCAGAGAGUAUCCAGUUGGAUAUCCCUUCCUGCUGUCUAGCCCCAGGCUGGAGGUGCCCUGCUCACGCACUCUUCCUCGGGGUCUCUGGCCCGGGCAAGUGGUUGUAGUUCGAGGACUGGUCUUGCAAGAGCCAAAAGAUCUCACCCUGAGCCUGAGGGAUGGGGCCACCCAUGUUCCUGUGACACUCAGAGCUUCCUUCACAGACAGAACACUGGCCUGGGUCUCCUCCUGGGGACGAAAGAAGCUGAUCUCAGCGCCCUUCCUCUUUCACCCCCAGCGAUUCUUUGAAGUACUGCUUCUGUGCCAGGAGGGAGGGCUGAAGCUGGCACUCAAUGGGCAGGGGCUGGGGGCCACCAGCCUGGACCAGAAAGCCCUGGAGCAGUUACGGGAGCUCAGGAUCACUGGAAGUGUCCAUCUCUACUGCGUCCACUGCUAAGGAGGCCUCCAAGGGCUUCCAAUCAGAAGAGGAAGGGCAGCUGCCGCCUCACCCUGCCGUCCUCACUGGACCAUUGACCUGCCAUCACUGUCAGGCCUAGUUCACAUCCAGGUCACAAGCUUGGGUCUGUAAGAGCAUCAGGGAAGGCUUACGGCUCUGGGCCUCCUCUAUCAGGAUCUUGGUGGCUCUGUCUUCCUAGACUGUACUCAAGGGGGACAAAUGUUAUAACCUCACAAAGACACACACACACACACACACACACACACACACACACACUCACUGUACUUUAAUCAAUUGUGAAAACAAGGGUCCAGGUCAGUGUGGUGUCUCCAUGCUCCUCUUGAGCAUUCAAGCUCUCUAUCUGGGUCCUCAUUCCACCACUCCAUGGGGCCAUGUGGCUGAAACUCUAUCCAGGCCCAGCCACUGAUUAGGCAAAUAGAGUGUGAGAAGAUGAGCCCCAGGCCUAUGAUCAACACAUAGUGUCUACACUCACAUUUCCAUCUGUUCUCGAAUUUCAUCUGCAGUUGCUCAACAGUUUAUGAAGCCUUUGCCCAAAGUGACAAACAGCACAGUUGCUUGCAUAGUUUUAGCCACAGCAAAAUAGCCACAUCCCAGAAAAGCACACUGAUAAUGGGACCACAUUUUAGGCACCCAACCGUGUAAAUAACAGUAAUCUCUCCUAAGAUUAUAAUAUAGUCUAGGUGGGUCAGAGGCAAUCCAUCUAUGUUUGUAUAAAAUACCCUGUGAUGUCCACACAGUAACAAGAUGGUUGAAUAAUGAAUUUUUCAGAAUUUCUCCCUGUCAUAAAAUGAUUCGUGACUGUAUUUGGCAAAGCAAGUAGACUAGAAAAAAAAAAAGGAAGACUGGG